AUCGCUUGAAUUGUUUCCAUCUGGAUUUAAUUGGAAUUAUAACAAUGCCACUGGACUAUAUGAGGCAUAUCAAGUUGGAGUUUAUCCUAUAGGCGUCGACCCGGCUUGGCACGGUACCGAUAAUUAUUUGGUGUUCACCAAUUCAUAUAAGAUGAAGAUGUCUGUAAUUUUGGGUGUCCUCCAAACGGACCGUGGUCCUCCGGGAUUACUGAAUAUGUUGAUAUACAUGUUUUUGCAGCCUGGAACUGUUGCAGAAAAAGAUGAAUUAUAUACUGGUCAAGGACCCGUUCAAGCCACACUCCUCGCUAUUGCUCUGAUAUGCGUGCCAUUCAUGUUACUUGCGAAACCAUUAAUUUUGAGGCAUGAAUAUAAGAAAAUUCGUGCUCAAGGUUACCAUAAUCCUCAGACUGAUACCACUCGCGUUUCAACUGAUGAGAACAAUGAAUAUGGUGGUGCCGUUGUUGCAGAAGAGAUGCAUGAAGAAGAGGAGUUUGAUUUCAGUGAA